AUGUGGAUGAGGCGGGCUGUGUUCGUGUUAACCUUGUUGGCAAGUAUUUUGGCCGAUGAGCACAAUCAUGUUUAUGAUGUUGCGGAGGAGGUAGUUUUGUGGAUGAAUACCAUCGGUCCAUACCAUAAUCGCCAAGAAACUUAUGGUUACUUUUCCUUACCUUUCUGUCGUGGACCUAAAGCAUCAAUCGAACAUGCUCAUGAGACUUUGGGCGAAGCUUUACAGGGAACAGAACUUCAAUAUAGUGGGAUAGAUAUUCGAUUCAAAGUGAACAAACCUAAAUCAACAAUAUGCCAAAUCGAUGUUACACCAGAGGUUUUCCUGGCUCUUAAUACGGCUGUCGAGCAACAGUAUUGGUAUCAGAUGUAUUUGGAUGAUUUACCCAUUUGGGGUGUUGUGGGCGAAGUAAGCAAGGAAGGCCAGCCUAGUAUUUGGACGCAUAAAGAAUUGGAGAUUGGAUAUAAUGAAAACCAAAUUGUUUUCGUUAACUUAAUCAAUGGUGAUUUAACUCCACUCAGACCUAAUGCACAACUCACAUUCUCGUAUAAAGUUAGGUGGGUUUCUUCAGAGAUUCCAUUCGCUGAUCGGUUCAAUAAGUAUCUGGAUUAUGAAUUCUUCGGACACAAGAUUCAUUGGUUUUCAAUCUUUAACUCAUUCAUGAUGGUACUAUUCCUCGUUGCAUUAGUAUGUAUGAUCUUGAUGCGAACCCUGCGACGUGAUUAUGCAAGAUAUAAUAAGGAAGAUGGUUUAAGUGAUUUAGAUCGUGAACUAGGUGAUGAAUAUGGUUGGAAACAAGUACACGGUGAUGUAUUUCGGUCUCCGCCUCAUUCUUCUCUACUUGCCAGUUUAGUUGGCACAGGAAUUCAUGUUGCUGUUGUAUCAUCAAUAGUUUUAUUUUUGGCAUUAACCAAUAAGUUGUAUACUGAACGUGGAAGUUUUGUAUCUACAGCAAUAUUUGUUUUUUCUGCCACUUCACCAAUUAAUGGAAUGGUAGGUGGUAGUUUAUAUGCACGUAUGUCAGGUAAACGCUGGAUUCGUCAAUUUCUUAUGGGUGCUACAUUGAUGCCAUUCUUGAUAUGCUGCUCUACGUUUAUUGUUAAUCUAGUCGCUAUCUACUACCAAACUAGUCGAUCCAUACCAUUCUUCACAAUGCUUGCUAUUGCUGCCAUUAUUUUGUUUGUAAUUAUUCCACUAAACCUAGUUGGUACUGUUUUGGGUCGAAAUUGUUUGGCGUUGGGAAUUUCCCAUGUCGUGUAA